CAAAUAUUUCCAUUUGAAGUUUGACCUUUCUUCGACCUUUUUCUUUUUCAUUUAUUCAUUUUAUUUUCUCUUCGAUUUUUAAUAGCUGUCAUCUCUGCUUUUUUACUUCCACUUAUCUGAUUUCUUCUGCUGCUUUAGCUUCUUCUUGUAAACUUGUUCACCUUCCCCAUACUCGUUCGUACUCGAGAUUAAAAACUCAUAGUAACGCACACACAGUGAACUAGAAGAAGUUCAAAAUGCAUAAUAGCUUCAAAGCAUCCGCAACACAGGCUAUUGAUUUGUACUGCCAUAAUAACCAGACACCCUUUUACCUCAGAAAUGAAGAAGCUGGCAGAAACGGGCCACGCUUUUCGGAUCUUGGGGAGCUUGAACAGUCAGCUGGAAAUGGAUUUCACCAUGAAGAUAACGCUGUUAAUUUAAGCAGAAGCUCAGUAUAUAACGAGUUGAAGGCAAGCAAUGUCUCAGUUGUCUCCAAUAACAUGCAGUUUGGUGGGCUCAGCAAUGCCAUGGUUUCAAACGAGAUGGUUUCAUCUGGAACGGGUUUGGGUUUCAUCUCUCACAAGGAGACAAAUGCAAUGGUGGGUGUGGGUGGGGCUUUGGGCCGUGGCCACUUUGAAAACUGGACCGAUUCUGGGAUUGUAGCGGAUCAUAGCCAGCAGACUGACACGUCAACUGACACGGAUGAUAAAAACCAGUUCUGUAAUUCUCACGGUUUUGGUGAUUCUUUUGAAAUGGGUUAUAUUCUAGCUGAUGAGUAUAAUGGAGUUCAUCGUGAGGGGUUGAUAGUUGUGGAUUCAGUGGACCAGUGCAGGGGCAAAAUUGGGGACCAGAAGGUACUCCGUAGAUUAGCUCAAAACCGUGAAGCUGCAAGGAAAAGCAGAAUGAGAAAAAAGGCAUACGUUCAGCAGCUUGAGAACAGCCGGCUAAAACUCACACAACUGGAGCAGGAGCUCAAAAGAGCACGUCAGCAGAGUAUGUUUGUGUCGUCUGGAAUUUCUGGAAAUCAGAAUCAAUGUGUGGGUGGCAAUGGGGCUUUGGCCUUUGACAUGGAUUAUGCAAGAUGGCUGGACGAACAUAAUCGACUGAUGAACGAUCUUAGGUCUGCUGUGAGUUCUCAUGUGGGUGACAAUGAACUAAGGCUUCUUGUGGAGAGUGUGAUGUCGCAUUAUGAUGAGUUAUUCAGGCUCAAAAGCAUAGGCUCAAAAUCAGAUGUGUUCCACAUGCUCUCGGGCAUGUGGAAAACGCCUGCCGAGAGGUGUUUCAUGUGGUUAGGAGGUUUUCGCUGCUCUGAGAUCCUCAAGAUUCUUGGAAACCAAAUCGAGCCUCUAACUGAUCAGCAGCUGGUGGGCAUUUGCAAUCUGCAGCAAUCCUCACAACAAGCUGAGGAUGCCCUUUCCCAAGGAAUGGAAGCUUUGCAACAAUCCCUUGUGGAGACUCUCUCCUCCAACUCCCUUCCCUCACGCCCUUCUCUCAAUGUUGCCGACUAUAUGGGCCAGAUGGCCAUUGCUAUGACCAAACUUGCCACUCUUGAGAAUUUUCUCCAUCAGGCUGACCUUCUUAGACAGCAGACAUUACAACAACUGCAAAGAAUCUUGACCACACGUCAAGCUGCGCGGGCCCUUCUCGCCAUUAGUGAUUACAUGUCUAGGUUACGUGCUCUUAGCUCGUUAUGGCUAGCACGCCCUAAGGAAUGACUUGAAAAACCCUCUUUACAUACCAAUUUGCCUUCCCCUUAGCAGAUGUUAUGUAAAUUAUGAGGUAGUAAUGUAUCUUUGCCUGUAUUUUAACUUGAAGAGUUGUUUUCAACACCAGAUUGCUCUAGUAAUUCACUGGUGUGAAGCUGUUUCCUAAUUGGGUGCAUCUUAACUAAUCUCAAAUGAAAGGGUGUGAAAUGUUUUACAAUGUUUGGCUGUACUUUUCAAAUUUGUGUAGAAUUGCAAAAGCUACCCCUUAGGUUUGUACUAGUUACCAAGAGAAAAAAUAUUUAAACUUUUUUUGGUUUUUGGAUACCCUCCUUUUGACUGUGUAAAUAGCAGAGUAAAUUGCCUAUAUUUGUUAGGCAAUUGAUUUUCUGAAAUAGAAAUGGAUAUGGGGUCUAUUUGUACUUGGAUAUUAUAGAAUUAUUCCGUCGCGUUUUACCUCUUUUUUUUUUUGUUUUUUCAAUUAUAUUCCUAAAAACAUUUUAUAUUUUCUAAGACAUUCUUUUCCUGAAUCAGAAUUUGAUAUCCAGGCAUUUCCUUAUGCAUUUAUUUAUACAAAAGAACAAAGAUGGAAUUCUAAAUCUUGAGGAAGGCCUGCAAGAACGCAAAUUUCAAUCCAGGUCAUUAUUUUCCCCACUCUCUUGUUUGCCUUUCCUCUUCUGCCCCUUCUUCUUCUUCCCUGCAGUUCCAUUCAAAAAGAAGGCAAAAUUUGGGGUAUGAAAACCCCUGUCCCAUUACCACAUCUCCACAAGUUGACAAUCCAUGCUGGAACUGAAUUUUCUUCAUCCCUGUUCUCAGGCCAGUUGUAAUAUCCUCUUUUUAUCUGAGCAGGGACAUUAUUAAGGCCAUGUUUGGCUGCCACCGUGUUAUGAUUCUUGAUUUCAAGAUUUUCUUCAUCAAAAUUAUCCUCCUCUGCCGUCAGCUGCAAAACUUGUUCCCUAAUCUCGUGAUAGAAGUCAUCAUCUUCGUAUUCGAAUUCGUUGAACGAAUAUUCAUAUUCGUCCGUUAUUUGUAAGUCUUGAGGGAAAACAGUGUGGAUAUCCAUGAGAGGGAAGUUUUUCUAAUUCUAAUUUGUUUGGUUUAUAGCUGACAAAUUGAAUAUGCUCAUGUAUUUAUAUGGGUGUGAUGAUGUGAAU